AUGCAUUGCACCCCCUCAACUUGUUGCUGGCUAUCCACUCUGCCUCCUCACAGCGAGCGUCAUGCCGAGCUGCGCUUGUUACUUGCCAUUCCGGCCCGCCGGCCCUCACAUUCCGGCAAUCAGAAUCGCCUCAAGGUCUACCUACCGCACCAGGCCUACGUGACGACGAGCUAUGCACGCAACACAACCGUCCAGGACUCGGGGCGACACAUGCAGCGGCUGCUGCCCAUGGCAUCCCUGAUCCAAGCCAUCGUCGAUGACAUGCGUCCCGAGCAUCGCCUGUACUUGCGCCUUUGGCAUGUGCCUUGUCAAGCUGAGCGCUUUGCUCAACGGUGUCCAAACGCCAUGGACUAUUUGUAUCGUCAAAUCCAGUCGGAUCUUGUGGUGCAGAACAUGCACCCACAGCUCUCAGCCGACGUUAUUAUCAAAGCGGACGUGGGACUGACCACGUUCUUCCCUUCCCACUACCUGACCGGAAAACGGAUCAAGGAUGUGGUCAAGCUGCUGACCAACGCGUGCAAACUCGUCUCGAACAUCUCACGCCAGGCUGGUGCCGUUCUCAGCUCACAAGCACCUGACCCCAAUGCCCAGCAACCCUCGAGUCUCCCGGCUCUGCAGCUGCAGUAUAUUGACGCCUGCCUACAGCAAUGGGUUGUUCGGAGCCAGAUUUUUCGAGACCUGCGGCUCAACGACGUGGAUGCCACUCUGACCAUUGAUGGCCUUGAUGGCAUUGUCCUUCUCAAUGUUGCUGGUGGUCGCGAGGCACGUUCGGUGAUCACGGCGAUUGGUGAUGUGACAAGCAUCAUGGUUCUAAGCGAGCCACAACGCAUGUUGCAAAUCAAGUUUGAACAUGAUGCCCCUGACUCCUUCACCAUUGAAGGGCCCAUGGACGCGCUGCAGCGGUUUGCUGCAACUCUCGACGGGCUACAUCAAACCAUCUAUCCCAAUCGCCCCUCUUCGCUCCUGCAAGGUGUUGAACAAUUGUAUGAUAUACCGCCUUAUCUUGGGCCACAUCGAGUGCUCGAGGCCGGUUGGAACUAUGUGGGAGAAAGCGACACAUUUGGGCACUUGGAGGUGGCCUCCAAUGCGCUUGGUAGCGCUGCGCAAUCACGUUUGGAUCUGACGGACAUGUCCGGUGAUGAGGAUGCCAAUGCCUCUCGCACAGAUGGGCGGUACAGCGGAAAUGGGGGCUCACCGUCGGAUCAGAGUGUCUUUGCCCCGUCGCCCGUCUUGGUCUUUGAUGACACACGGAUUUGCCGGCGCAGCACUCAGCUUUGCGAGUUGCGCGCUCGCUCUCUUGCCGGAAGCCUGCACUCAGUUCCAGAUCCAGCUGAUUACUCCCUGCAAAAGUCGCGUAUGUGGGAUGCCUGCUGUGAGCUGAAUCGCUCCACCAAGUUUCUCAUUUCCGCGGUGAUUCAUAACGAGUCUUUCUUAGAUGACGACAUUGCAGGCUCGUCUCUUCUGGUGUGCCACCUUUUUGAAGCCACCAAAAACUGUGUUCGAGCCAUGCCUCCCAAUGAGACCGAGCUCCAGGCCAGCAUAUUAUCCGGCUGCCUGGACGUGCAUGUGACAUGCUGUGCCAUGCUGUUGGCAGCUGUUGCCAACGAAAAUCGCCAUUUUUCACACACACACACACACACACACACACACACACACACUCUCUCUCUCUCUCUCUCUCUCUCUCUCCCUCUCCCUCACUCUCUCUCACUCUCGGACGGCAAGAUGGAUCCGCUUGAUUCGGACGAUGAGCUGCACUUGCCCGCCGCUGAAAGCGGCGAUUCGAGUGAUGAGGAUGAGUUGCCUGACAUCAGCUUGGGACCCGCCAAGGCAUCCUCUCCCCCGCCAGCUGCCCAACACCAGGAUGGAACGACGGCCCCUGGCAAUCUCACGCUAUCCCCACUUAAAGCCAAUGCUGGCCAACGACAUUCCUUGCGACAAGAGACCCGCGCCUUUCAAGCAAAGACUGACCACGAACUCCAGAGUCUGAGAACUCAGCAUGAGAGGGCCUUCACCUCAUUUCUCGCUCCGCGCGCCAGGGCGGCAACCGAAAAGCAAAUCAAGGCACUGCGCAAACACCAGGAACGGAUGGCCAACGUGGAACGGCUACAGCAAAAAGCCCAGGACGAGAUUCAAUCGAAUCGUGAGCAGUUGCGCCAGGCCGAGCUAGAUCACGACCGAGAAUUGACCGAGAUGGACACAGAUAUUGCCGAUUUUCCAACCUCUCACCCAGGCCUCAAUACGUUACAAUCAUCGCCAACCAUGCUUGCGCUCGAUCCAAGUCUUCUGGUGCCCCCUAGCGUACCGGCUGCUGCCGUCCAUAGUGACGUGUUGAAUUCCAUCCGCGAGCGGCUUGGUACUGUCAUCAAGCCUGCAAAAACCGUUGCUGUCCCGCUCAUUCUUACAGCCCAAGCCCGUGAAAUCAUUCACGGGGGCUGGCUAGCCAAUUUGGCCUCUACUUGCGUGCUGCCCCCGACCUGGUUGGAGUGGUGUUUCUGCCUCGCCUUGCUCGGUGACAGUGCCACAAGCUGCAACAUGCUCGAUGUUUUGAUUUUACACGCGAACCAGAAAAAACAGCAGCCAGACGGUCCAGAGAAAGAGUCACCGACGCAGAUCAUAUCCCUGAUAUGGACUCUCCUGCCGGCGCUUGGGAUUGAUCUGCAAAGUCUGGUGUGCCCAGCUCUGCGGCCGGACAACAUUCCAUCACUGAGUGGUUGCUCAGAGACCAAUAAGGAAGUUCCAUGUGAUGUGCCUGCCGAGGACGCUUUGCAGGGCGAUCUGACCCAGGAUGAGGAGAGCGACGUUGACGAGGCCGUUUCUCGUGUCACCACCGCGUUGGUGGCCUUGAUCUACCGUUUGUUGCUGGACAAGGCCUUGUAUUGCGCAGUGCCAGCUGCCAUGGCGUGUAUCGGCACGCUCUUACAGCGUCUGGAAUCCACGCAGCUUGAGGCAGCGCUUCGAGAGUUGGCUCGCAUUCUCGCUGGCGUGGCCGAGCACCACGACAACAUGACAUUUUUGCUGCGCUUGGUGGCGCCGACAGGGCGCGCUCGAACUUUGCAACGCCACUGGGCCUUUGAAAUCCUCUACUCGCCUGCCAUGGCUGUCUUUCGCAAAGAGGACCAGCCCCUCAAUUUACCAACAGACAAGCAUACUGUGGCCGCCUUGGUUUCGUUGAUGCGAGCCAAUCGAGACACCCGCUCAACCCAGGUGGCUUAUCGCACCCAUAGCCUUUAUUCUACCUUGGAUGUCCUCGUCGUGGAUGAGCCGUGGUUCCGCGAUGCCAAGGACGACAUGUCUGCGUUGUAUCGCUGUUUAUGCCAGCACCACCACAAGUCCCCCAGCGUUCACACCAUGCGUGUGGACUUGGUGCGUUUAGCUGCGUUGAUCAACCGAAUCAUCGACAAUCUGACCUUGAUCCUGGCUCGAUACAAUCGCUCGGGAAUAUCUCACGCAAAAGAUCGCAAGGCCCAGAGCCUGUUUCAUGGAUCACCCGCUCCCACCACGCCAUCAACGCCAGCAGUUCCGCAAGACACACCAAAGAGGCGAGAGCCUGAUGAGACGAGUUUGCCGCCCAAGCAAGCAGACACGCCCAAGGGGUCGGAAGGAGCGGCGUCUAUGUCAGAUUUGCCCACCACAGAGUGCGCAGAGUCUCUUGAAUCUCAAGCCUCGAUAGAACCACGGGAUUCUUCCGCUGAGGCUGAAGGCUUGCAGCCGAAACAAGACGCGUCUUCGUCGAUCGACCAAGCUGGCGCUCUACCUGGCCAAGUGCAAACCCAAGGAUCUGAUGCAAGUGCUACCACCACAGCCACGUCCAAUGUGGCGUCAUCAAAUCUUGCACCACCUCAGCAAGGGUUGACUCCAGACUCUAUCUCAGCCCUGCCACCGAGUGACACCCCCACAGCGACGACUUUACAGUCCUCACCAAAAGCAACUUCACCCGCGUUGGACAGCUCGUCCGGUGUGGAAGCCAAGCAUAAGUCCAUCGCGCCAGCCAGCCCAGGCUCGCACUCGGGCAUUGGAGAGGAUGGCAAAUCGGACUCAGGGUCAGCCGGACAGCAUGGGGCCAAGGGGCAGUUGCAUCUUGCGGCUGACUCUACAGUUGCCAAACAGCAGGGUGCCAACUCGAAACCGGCCAUCCCCCCGCAGGCGGGCGCAGUGCCAGCAAAUUCAGACGGCUUGUCACGGAACAAGAGUACAAAGAAUGGCCACGCCAAGCGAGCAGCGGCUUCUGGACGACAGGUGAGUGCUUUUGAGAAGCUUGUUGAUGUUGCGUCACAAUGA